AUAGGGAUAGAAUUUUAUAGGGUCAUCCGAUUUUCAAUAGCUUGAUCUAAAAACAUUGCUCUUAAAGUUAAAACAUAUUACAUAUGUUUAAAAUAAUAAAGUGUUCUGUGGUUAAUUUAAAAUAAAAACUUUUUAGGUUAUUAUGUAAAGUAUACUGUAAUAUGUACUGUAAAGUAUUUUAAACCUGCUACGCUUCAAUGUCAGGCUAUGAUGUAGCAUGAAAGAUUUCACUUCUCAAUCAAAAAUUCCUUAAAAUAUGAAGUACAUAACUAAACUUGAGUUUAUACCUUAACAAAUAAGAUGCCUAUUAUACAAUUUGGAUCGUAUACAAAUAUUUUAUGAGUGUAAUUCUACCAGUCGGAUCGUAUCUAGUAUUGUCAAUUGUGUCGAUUGUCCAUCCCUAACUACUAUAAAUUUUGUUUAAGUUUAUCAUGUACCUGAAAUCUGAAUAUUAAUGAUUAACUCGUUCAUAAAUAAUUAUAAAUCUAUCCGUUUUGGUUUUGAUAUCAUUAUGUCUACAAACAUUUACGGUGUGUUUAGAACUUUAAAAGUUUCCAAUGUGAGUAUAAGUUCUGCUAGGUUAUAUUGCAGAUGGAUGCAUAGAAAGCCUGCUAAAGUCCUUCUACCAUUUGAACAUAAAGAAAAUGUCACGCUAAAAAAGGAAAAAGUUAUAGAACUUGGGUCUACAAAGUUUCAAACGAAAACAGUAAAUACCAACUUAAACAAUACACUCCAAAAGCAACAAAAACAUUUGGCUAAACCAGAAAAUUCUGGUAAUUUGACACAGCAAGAAAACAGUAUUACUCCUCAGUUACCUAUAAAGGUAUCAGAGGAUAUUAGAAAGACAAAAGAGAAUAAACUCAAACAGAGAAAUUUUUAUCUUAACCAAAAAAGAGUAUUUGAUGAUAAUGGAGAUAUAAUCUAUGAGAAGUUAAAGGAAAAUGAUAGCAGAAUAAGUUCACUAUUAGUUAAGUUAAAAUCUAAAAAAGAAAGAAUUCGCACAAAUCAAAUGCUUGUUGAGGGAUGGCGCUUGAUUGUAGAUGGACUAGAAGCUAAUUGCAAAUUGAAGUAUGUUAUAUUUAGUCAAACAAAAGACUUAAGUGAUCUGCAUCCAUUUUUACCAAAUAAAGGAGUAGAGAUAUAUAAAAUAUCAUACAAAGAGAUAGAGAAAUGGUCAGAUGUUGAAACAUCACCAGGGAUAUUUGGUGUUUUUGAACUGCCAAGUGUUAAAAAUAUAAAGCCCAAAUCAAGACCAUUGCCAAUGACAUUUAUUUGUGAUAAUAUAAGAGUUCCUGGUAAUCUUGGUGCAAUCCUGAGGGCAGCAGUGGGAGCAGGCUGUGAAAGUGUACUUUUGACAAAAGGAUGUGUUGAUCUGUGGGAUCCAAAAGUGAUAAGAAGUGCUGCUGGUGCACAUUUCCGACAACCAAUUCACACUUCAGUAGUUUGGGAGGAUGUUCCGAAUAUUCUCAAUCCAAAUACUUCAAUAUUUGUAGCUGACAGUAAUGUUGCUGACAGCGAUCUAGAAAGCCAUACCAGUUUGAUGUCACAAAUACCGUUGUUGCCAUAUUAUGGGUUGGAAUUCCCAAAUUUAAAUCACAUCACACUUGUGAUUGGUGGUGAGACUGAAGGGAUAAGUGAAGAUAGCUAUAGACGCAACUACGGCAGCAAAAAUCAAGGUCUUCCGAGACACCUACAUAAUCAGUAUCAUCAAAUUCGGGCGACGUAAUUCUAAAUCGUUACCCGUUAGCCACGUGACACCGCCACAGAUAGAUUUGCAUUGGAAAAAAAUGGUCUAAGAUUAAAUAUUCCAUUACAAAAAGGAGUUGACAGUCUUAACACAGGAAUGGCGACCGCGG